UACCUAAUGAAAUGUGAAAAAACAAAAUAUUUAUUAGAAAGAUUGAGAUCGUCUAAUAAAAAAUUAUUUCUCAUCACAAACAGUGGCUUUAAUUUCGUUGAUGCUGGUAUGAGAUUUAUGAUUGGUGAAGAUUGGAGAGAAAUGUUCGAUGUUGUUAUAACUAACGCUAGAAAACCGAAAUUCUUCAACGAAACUUCCCGUCCGUUCCGUGAACUAGAUGAAGUCAGGAACACCCAGUCCUGGGGUAAAGUAACGGAACUCCAGAAGGGGCGUGUCUAUCAAGAAGGGAAUUUUUCACGAUUAAAAGAUAUGACUGGUUGGUUUGGAAACAAAGUGUUAUAUUUUGGUGAUCAUGUAUACAGUGAUUUAGCUGAUCCUUCAUUAAAACAUGGGUGGAGAACGGCUGGUAUAAUUCCUGAAUUAGAGAAUGAUGUAGAAAAGAUGAAUACUGUAGAAUAUCAGAAGAAUGUCAAAUGGUUAGUGUCAUUAGUUCAGCAGUUAGAGGAAUCUCAGCAUCAAUCAAGUUUAGAUUCAGCCGAGUUGAUUGAGAUUUGGUUAGAAGAACGAGAUGAAAUAAGAUAUAAACUAAAAGCUAUGUUUAAUCCAAGAUUUGGAAGUUUAUUCCGAACUCAUAAUAAUCCAACGUAUUUCUCUCGUCGACUGGGACGAUUCGCUGAUAUUUAUAUGUCUAGUCUCAUAAAUCUCUUACAUUAUAACGUAGAUCAUACAUUUUACCCGCGACGUAGCGUAUUACCUCACGAACCUAAUCCAUUCUAA